UGAGAAAUUUGAUGGAUCUAUUGAGCUGGUGCGUGGGCCCCAACCCCCUUUCUUGUUACCAGGCAACCACAAACAACUGCUACGGAGUUCUGAGACAUAAAGCAGCUGGCGCCAGAAGACUCAGAGCAGCUUCUGGGAUCCGAGAAGGCAGGCGGGGCUUGAGCCCAGGCUUGCUGAAACAAGUCAGAAGUCACGGCAAGGUUAUGCCCCGCAGGGCAAAUACAGACCUGAGCAACUGUCGUUGUGACCGGAGAACAUACUUGGACCCAAAUCAACCUAGGAACUAAAAAUCGGGAUUCAUUACUGAGAAAGAUGUAUAAGGUAGACCUCUCGGUGGAUCCCAAGGAGGUGGCCGCUAUCAUCGCUCGAAGAAAUCGAGAAAAAGAGAGGCAAAGCCGAAUUUUCAAUGUGCGGAACCGAACUAUGGGGGUGGAUGUCACAGCUUUAAACCAACAGGUGGAGGAACGAAGGCUCCGGGAAGCAAGAGAACGAAGCAAGGAUGCUGUAUUUGGUACCAUGCAGGUACAGAAUGCCCUAGUGGCCCAGAUGAUGGAAAGGCAGGAGGCAGAAAAAACACAGCAGAUGGCCAAGAAAAUGCUGAAUUUUUGGGAGCAGAAGCAGCAGGCCGAACAGCAUAAUUAUGCACAUGAAUUUAACCUCUGGAAUACAAGUGCACCCUGUGAAUUAUCUGCCUAUCUCAAAAGCAAUGAACGCAACCGUGGCCAAACCAGUAUGCAACAACCUUACUAUGGGGAGGACACGAAUAGAGCCUCAUGCCUGAGAGCACAUCAGGAACAGCUCAAAAAUGAACUGGAUAAACAGCUGCAGGAUCAAGAGCGAAUCAGGGCUGAGGAGGCUCGUGUAGAUAUGCUCAGUGACCAGCUUCGGCUGGCCAUGGACAAGCAGGCUGCUCAUAUGGCCAAACUGGAGGAGUCCUAUCGUGUGGCUCUUAUGAAUGCCACAGCUAAUGCCAACAAAGCCCAGGCAACAAAGAUUGCAGACCGGCAGCACCGUGAACAAUGGUACCAACAGGAAGCCAACCGAAUGGAGAUCCAAAAUCAAGUCACCAGUGAUAUACUAACUGAGAACCCUCUGGUGGCUCAACAUCCUACAAAUCCCAGCCGAGUCCUGCCCUAUUGCUGGAAAGGUAUGACUCCAGAGCAGCGAGCUGCCUUCAGGAAAGCUCAAAGGAUGCAGUGCUAUGAAAAGGAGUUACAGCGUGAGGCUGACAAACGACUGGAUAAUGAAUGGGACAACCAAAGAAUACGUUUGGCACGGGCAGCACAGGAGCUCGAAGAACAGGAGAGGGAAUUGUGUGCAGAAUUUCGACGGGGACUUGGUUCCUUUAAUCAACAGAUGGCCAGUGAGCAAAGUACUCACCAAAAUUAUUUGAAUUCAAUGAUAUACACCAGUCAACCAACAGCCCAAUAUUACAUGCAGUUCAACAGCAGCAGCCGCUGAGCUCAAAAUGGUCCUCUCUCCCUGCCUCCUAUCACAUUCUGUGACGGUUAGAAGUC